UAUAUUCUCCUUUUCUUAUCAAAGAUAUAUUAUCUCUUUCUUUUUGGAUAACCAUAUUGUCUUCCUUUCUUUUUGGUCGGUUUUGGAUGUCGAUAUAUCUAAAUGUUUGUUCUUUUUUCAUGGAAUUAAUACAACAAUAUAGUUUAUUUAUCACUGAUUUGGCUGAAUAAAGGGACUAGUUUUACUUUACCACAUGUAGAAUGGUACCGUCUCAAGGAAAAGAAUGGAACCAAUGGUAAGCAAAGAAACAAAAGAAAAUAUGAAAGAGGGCGUUCCAGAAGCAGAUAAUCUCUUAAGUAACGAAGAUAAAACAAAAGAAGAAGAAGAGGAGGAGGGAGGUAAUGGUGGGAUUUUGAACAAUCUGAUAUCCAACUUGAUGGGUGCAACAACAACAGCAGUAGAUGAAAAAUCUGGUGAAAAUACUCAGAAAUCUGAAUGUGAAGAUGAAGAUGAGAAGAAGAAAGAGGGUUCAGGAGCUGGAAUCUUAGAAAAGAUCAUUUUUCAUCUGCCAGAAGAUGCAGUUCCAACGACAGAGGAAGCAUCCAUUCUGAUCCACUCUGUGAUUGACUGAAGAAGACUUAAACCACAAAUCAUUUUCAUCGUUGUUGUUGUUGUUUAUGUGACUUGUGAUCUUGUUAUUUCUUUUCACAAAACUCUUUGUUUUCCUAUCGGAAUCUUUUCAAGGCUAACGUUGAAGCCAUCAUGGUUUUUUCUAUUUU